GGAAACGCAUGUGUCAGUCAUUUGUAAGAACUUGGGUCAUCGACACUGUAGACUAUCCUUCUCUGUAGCAAUAGGCUAUAUUGUAUGGCUAUCAACUACAUUUUUUUAUUGUUCUGAUUCUUCAGUGCGCGUGACAUUUCAUCGACAACAAUUAGGUGCUCCUCGACUAGACUCUUGACUGGCUCAGAGUGCAUGCAGUUGCAUCUCUCGCAUCAAUGGAUUUGCGUAAACCGAUCUGGAGUAUCUUGACAGCGCUGGCAGUGCUUGCCCUUAUCGUUGAACAUGCUCAGUCUAAAGUCACCUGGGAAGUCCAACGAUAUGACGGCUGGUAUAACAAUUUAGCCUAUCACAGUCGAGGAGCUGUUGGUUCCCCCCUGGUGCGACUGCUGCCCGCGCGUUACUCUGACGGGGUGCUCCAGCCUCUGCAGGAACCACAGCUCCCCAACCCGCGCAAACUCAGCGAUGUGACGGCCAGGGGCCACUCGGGCCUGCCCUCCGCACACAACCAGACCGUACUCUCUGUGUUCUUCGGUUACCAUGUAAUGUUUGAGAUGCUAGACUCCCGUCCUCCUGGCUGUCCCCCUGAGUUCAUGUACAUCCCCGUCCCAGAGGGAGACCCAGUCUUUGACCCCCACCGUGCUGGCCGGGUCCUGCUGCCCUUCCAGAGGGGGCCCUGGGACAAACACUCCAGCCAGAGCCCCAAUAACCCCCGCACACAGGUGAACCUGGUGACAGCAUGGCUGGACGGCAGCUCUAUCUACGGCCCAUCUAGUUCCUGGUCUGACGCCCUGAGGAGUUUCUCUGGAGGUCUCCUAGCCUCGGGGGAGCAGUUGGACAUGCCCAAGAGGAGCGGGAGCACUAGCCUCAUGUGGAGUGCUGCUGAUCCCUCCACUGGUCAGCAUGGACCUGAGGGACUCUAUGAGUUGGGUAACGCCUGGGGCAACGAGAAUGUGUUCACCAUGGCCGAGGGGAUCGUGUGGUUUCGCUACCACAAUUACAUCGCCUCCCAGCUUGGUGAGAAACACUCGUCGUGGUCGGACGAAGACCUGUUUCAAAACGCCAGGAAGACCGUGGUCGCCACGUUCCAGAAUAUUGCCUUCUACGAAUGGCUGCCUGGAUUCCUGGGGGAGAAGACAAUGCCUCCAUACCAGGGCUACCAGAAGUUUGUGGAUCCAGGGAUCUCACCUGAGUUCCAGGCUGCUGCCAUCCGCUUUGCCACCACGAUGGCCCCACCUGGUGUUUAUAUGAGAAACAGAACUUGCCACUUUCAGAAGGUUGUCAACAUCGAUGGAAGCACGUCCUCAGCCAUUCGCAUGUGUAACAGCUUCUGGAACCGUCAGAACCCCAACCUGAAGUCAGGCCAGGACAUAGACCAUCUGAUUAUGGGCAUGGCCUCUCAGAUCGCAGAGAGAGAGGACAACAUGGUUGUGGAGGACUUAAGAGACUACAUGUACGGUCCUUUGCGUUUCUCACGGUCAGACCUGGUUGCUCUGACGGUGCAGAGAGGCCGGGACUUUGGCCUGCCCAGCUACAACCAGGUCAGAGAGGGGCUGGGCCUGGCCCCUGUGGGGAGGUGGGGAGACAUAAACCCACAGCUCAACAUCACCAACCCACAGUUAUUCAGGGACCUAUCAGACCUGUAUGACGGGGAUAUCUCUAAACUGGAGCUGUUUCCUGGGGGUCUCCUGGAGUCUGUGGACGGUCCUGGUCAGGUCUUCUCCUCUAUCAUACUGGAUCAGUUGAACCGCAUCAGGAACGGGGACCGCUUCUGGUUCGAGAACACACAAAAUGGUCUGUUCACAGCUGAGGAGCUGCAGGCCCUUCGGGACACAACCUUUCAUGACGUCAUUACAGCAGUUACCAGUGCAGAGGCUGAGGACAUACAGAGGAAAGUCUUCUUCUGGAGGGAUGGUGACCCUUGCCCCCAGCCUUCUCAGGUCACGACCUCUGAGCUCCACCCCUGCACCAACGCCACCAAGCUCAACUACUUUGACGACGGAAGCAAAGCUGGCUUUGGCAUCUCAGUCAUCUGCCUGUUCCUCUUUCCUGUUGUGAGCUUCCUCAUGGCCCUUGUGGUGGCCCACUUCAGAAAGUCCAAGUUUAAGAAGUUCCAGAAGAGAGGGGCUGACGACACAACAGAGGAACCUGCUGCUGGAAUCACAGCCUGUGAGUGGCAGGGCCCUAAGAAGCCCCUAUUUCCAGUCAGUCUGUUGAUCGAUGAUAGGAGGAAACUCCAGGUGUUUGACCAGUCUGGACCCGCUCUACGGUCACUCAGUCUGGGUACCCAGACCCACCUGGAGGUCCUGCUGUCCAGCAACAAAUACCGCAGGGCUCUGCUGAUGAAAGUACCCAAAGAGUAUGACCUGGUGCUGUACUUUGAGGACGAGGGCCAGCGUGGAGAGUUUGUCCGGCACCUUCGCUCUGAGGUGACAGCCGGUGGACAGGAGCUGGCGGUGAGGGACAUGACAGAGAAGGAGCUACUGAGAGAGGCAGUGACCAGAGACCAGAGAGCUCAGAUAGUAGAGAACUUCAUCAGGAGUGCCUUUGCCAAGGUCCUGGAGAUAGAGAAUUGUGAUGCCAGGGACAUGAGUGGUGCGUCCUGUAGGAAGACCCGCGAAGCCCUGGAGACUGAGCUGACACGAACUGAAUUUGCCGACGCUCUGGGACUCAAACCGGACUCGCUCUUUGUUGACGCCAUGUUCACGCUGGCCGACAAGGACGGAAACGGAUACCUCUCCUUCCAGGAGUUCCUUGAUGUCAUCGUCAUUUUCAUGAAAGGUUCUCCCGAGGAAAAGUCUAAACUGAUGUUCUCGAUGCACGACAUCGAUGGAGACGGUUUCUUAUCGAAAGAGGAUUUUUCCAGGCUGCUCAGGUCGUUCAUAGAGAUCUCCAGCAGUCUUCUGUCUAAGAGCCAGGCUGAGGAGGCCAUCAAGGACAUGUUGAAGGCCGCAGGUUUCAACGACAAGGAACAGAUUACCUGGGAGGACUUCCACUUCCUGCUCCGGGACCACGAGAAGGAACUGACCUUCGCUCAGCUUAACAUCAAAGGGAUGGAGAAGGAGGGGGGAAACAGACUGAGUCGACACCAGCAUGUGUCUUUCAUCACCCCAGAGAGGAACAGCUCGCCCUCAGAACGGGACACACAGUUCUCCAGUAGCCCGGGGAAAGACGGGCAGGAACUUCGCAGACGACAAGGGAAAAGAUCGGGCCUCCAGAGUCCUAAGGUCUACGUGAAGCCGAAGAAGGAGCGUUACAACAGGAGCCCCAUCCAGCAGAAGAUCCAGCAAUUCAAACGCUUCGUAGAGAACUACCGUCGCCACAUUGUUUGCUUCACUAUCGUCUAUGGCAUCACAGCCGGAGUGGCUCUGGAGAGAUGCUACUACUAUGGUUUACAGGCAUACUCCACGGGCGUGCCAGAGACGUCGGUCGUGGGUAUCUUGGCGUCGCGUGGUUCGGCGGCGGCCAUCUCCUUCCUGUACCCCUACAUGCUGCUGACGGUGUGCCGUAACCUCAUCACCCUGGGACGAGAGACCUUCCUCAACCAAUACAUCCCCUUCGACGCCGCUAUAGACUUCCACCGCUUCAUGGCCAUGUCCGCCCUCUUACUCACAGUUGUCCACUCUCUGGGUCAUGUGGUUAAUGUCUACGUGUUCUCAGUCAGUGACCUCAGCAUCCUGGCCUGUCUGUUCCCUAGGGUCCUAGUCAACAAUGGGUCUGAGAUGCCGAUGAAAUGGUCGUGGUGGUUCUUUCAGACUGUUCCAGGAUUAACGGGCAUCCUGCUUCUCUUCAUCUUUGCGUUUAUGUACGUCUUUGCCACUCACUACUUCCGACGAAUCAGCUUCCGGGGUUUCUGGCUCACACACUACCUCUAUGUGGUUGUCUACAUUCUGACAGUCAUCCACGGCAGCUUUGCUCUGCUCCAGGAGCCUCGUUUCUACAUCUACCUGAUCCCCCCGGGACUGCUCUUCCUCCUGGACAAACUCAUCAGCCUCAACAGGAAGAAGGUGGAGAUCCCUGUGGUCAAUGCUACGCUGCUGCCCUCAGAAGUGACACACCUGGAGUUCAAGCGUCCCCAGGGCUUUGUGUACCGCUCAGGCCAGUGGGUGAGGGUGGCGUGUCUGGCGCUUGGCACAGAUGAGUACCACCCAUUCACCUUGACGUCAGCUCCACAUGAGGAGACCCUCAGCCUUCACAUCCGCGCCAUAGGCCCCUGGACCAGCCACCUCCGAGAGGCAUACGCCCCCAACAACCUGGAACAACUGCGAACAUAUCCAAAGCUGUACCUGGACGGGCCGUUUGGGGAGGGCCACCAGGAUUGGACAAAUUUUGACGUGUCAGUCCUGGUGGGAGGAGGGAUUGGAGUCACCCCCUUCGCUUCCAUCCUCAAGGACCUGGUGUUCAAGUCCUCAGUCAAGUUCAAGAUACAGUGUAAAAAAGUAUACUUUAUCUGGGUGACGCGGACGCAACGUCAGUUUGAGUGGGUGUCUGACAUCAUCCGGGAGGUGGAGGAGCAGGACAGUCUGGACCUGGUCUCUGUCCACAUCUACAUCACACAGCUGGCAGAGAAGUUUGACCUGCGAACCACCAUGCUGUACGUGUGUGAGCGUCACUUCCAGAAGGAGUGGAAUCGGAGCCUGUUCACCGGCCUGCGUUCUGUGACCCACUUCGGUCGUCCACCAUUUCUCUCCUUCUUCAGCUCUCUGCAGGAGGUGCACCCUGAGGUGGGUAAGAUUGGUGUGUUCAGCUGUGGUCCUCCUGGUCUCACUAAGAACGUAGAGAAGGCCUGCCAACAGAUGAACAAGAGAGACCAAACACAUUUCAUACAUCACUAUGAGAACUUCUAACAGCAGGACUGGGGAAUACCCAUAAUACACCACUUACUACUGUGCCGAAUAACAAUGAAAAAAGAACAGUUUAUGAGUCCUUCAGACUAGAUUUUACGACUUACAAAUUCUUUAAAGUAAAAAAAUCAAAUACUGUCUACUGCUUUUACGUAAUACUGCAAAUCAUCUGGAUUCUUUUGUUAAUAAAAAGAAUAGUAGAAUUGUUUUAUGCUGAGUAAUCCCUACAGAUUACCGAGCACUGGAGCAAAGGGAGCAGCUGCAUCCCCACUUUCAAAAUGGAGGUACAAAUGUAUGUUUUUGCACAACCACUUACAUUUUUUUUUAAAACACAAUAUUAUCAUAAUCCAUUGGGUAGAUUUGUCAUUUUCAACGAUUAGCAAUGUUAUGAGCUAGUCUGUAUUACAUAGAUAUGUCCAUUUUAUAGAUGAUGUAAUAAUUAACAGAUUGUAUUUUUGAACCAACCUCCCCACAUCGCCUGAAGAUGAAUGGUUUUGACCACUUGAUCAUGUUGGUUGAUAAUGUUGGUUGAUAAUGUUGGUUGAUAAUGUUGGUUGCUCAUGUUGGUUGCUCAUGUUGGUUGAUAAUGUUGGUUGAUAAUGUUUGUUGCUCCUGCUGUCACUGUUAGAAAGCACAUGUUGAACCACCGGUGUAGAAAAUGACAAGGCACCUGCAAAAUAAAUGUUAUUUUUAAAUCUA